AUGUUUAGCAGCAACGUGGACUCGCAGCAGGUCGUCGAGUCAUCAUCCUCCGCUCAAGAAGAAGGCUCUUCUUCUUCUCCAAUGGCCAUUCCGAAUGCCACUACUAUCACCAACAAUUCAUCUCAACAACAAGUAGUAGAAUCUCAACAAGAAUCAUCAUCCCGUACCCGAUCAUCAAGUUUAUUAGCAACCUAUCGUGAACGAAGUGCUUCUACUGCUUCUUCCGAACAUUUACAAUCAUCAUCAAAUCAACAACACCGAUUGGAAGAUCUUACAGAGAAAAUGUUUGAAAAUUUUAUUGAAUUAUUACAAGGAGAGAUGCAGGCUGGAUUCAACGAAUUAGCUUUAUUGCAACAAAUGAAUUUAGCCAUCACAAAGAAAUAUGAAGGUUUGAAUCAAAAAACUGAAGGUGUUCAUGCGAAUUUGAAAAAGAUGAUGCAAUUAUAUGAAAGUUUACAAACCUGUUUUCAAGAAGUUGAUUCCAUUGAUAUUUCUGUGAAUGAAUUAAAUAAUAUUGUAAAUUAUUUAGACACUUAUACCAAACAAUUGGAAUUACAAUUAAAACCUUUUCUUUAA